UCCAGUUCUACCAUCAUUGAGUUCAACUCACAUGGGAAUGUCAGCCAGGUUAGACAUUGAAGGUCUCAGACUUGAUGUUCCAAACCAAGCUCAGUUGGAGCAGAAGCUUCAUGAAUCGUAUGCUACCAUUGCUCAGCUGCAGGAGAAAAUAAAAGAGUGCAAUGCAAUCUCUGAUCAACAAAGAAAACAUUUCAGAUUAUCCAUAGAAAAUCUACAGACUAAGUUGAAUGAGACAAUCAUAGGCAGGGAUUCUGUUUUAGAUCUAAGGAGGAAAGAAUGCAUUGGUCAAGAAAGGAUGAUAAACCAAUUACAGUCAACACUUGGCAAUCUGGAUUUAGCAAACAAGGAACAAGAAGAGGCAUUGAUAGAUAUGAACUCUAGAAUGGAAAUUAUGCAACAAAAUAUGCUGGCAUCUAACUCAGCUCUUAGUCAGAUUAGAGGACUGCUUGUAGCGGAUGAGGAGAAGAAAGGAAGGAGUGUUUCCAUGACAACUGACAAUAUAGUUGAACAGAGUCCUGCAGUACUGGUACACCUUCUCCAAAGGUGUCUGCAGGAGUAUGAAAAUGAACUCAAAGUAGCACAGUUCAAGUUACAACAGAGUGAGGCUGACUUGGAAGAGAGUAGAUCAACUAGUGACAGGAGGUUGAAGAGUAUGGCUGAAGACAACCACAAGAAGAUACAACAGAUAACUGAAGAACAUGAUAAACAGAUUGCUGCUCUCAAUGAACGGUCUAACAAUGCAAGAAAACAAGCAUCAAGUUUACAGUCACAGCUUACACUAUUACAAGAGCAGACUGAUAAGCAGUUAGAACUCAAACACAAAAACAUCAAAGAACUUGAAGGCAAGCUGAAUGCUUCCAGGCAACAUAAUGAUGAAUUGAAACGCAGCGCUGAUGAAAAGUGUAAUUCACUUCAAUUUACAAUUGGAGACAGCAAAUCACAAUAUUCAGCUUUGAGAAAUGAAAGAGAUAGACUACUUAACUCAGUCACAGAAUUACAAUCUGAAUGCCAAGAUUCUAAGCAAAAGUUAACAAAAUGUCAGGCAGAGCUUGAUGCAGAGAGAGAACAGAACAAAAAACUUUGGAGCCGUGAAGAAGAGAGUAACAAAAAGUACAGUGUACUGCAGCGUGAGAGAGAUGAACAAAUUACAGAAAUUAAAAGAUUACAAGGAUUAAUGGAAACAUUGAGUAAAGAUUCAGCAACACAAAUACAGGAAAAUAUUUCAAGAAUUGAAAAAGAAGAGAGAAGCAAAACAGCAACAAAAAUAGAUGAUCUCACCACACAGUUAAAAUCAUUGAAUGACAAAUAUGAUAAGACAGCUUUGGAAUUUGAACUAUGCAAAACAGAACUAUUAAAUAUGCAAAAACAGAAAAUAGACUUGAGUGAAGUGCACGAACAAACAAAACAUCAGCUGCAUUCUGUAAUCAAUGAAAAGAGUAAUUUGGCGUCAGUGGUGGAAGGCAAAUCAAAAGAUAUUGAGCGACUCAAAGAAGAAAAAGAUCAUUAUUUCAAACUUUUUGAGGAGCGUAAUAUUGAACUUUGUGACAUCAGGACUGGCAAAGAAAAAUUGCAGUUUCAGUUAGAAGAGCUAGAGAAGAAACUGACAGCAUUGCGAGAACAGAAUGCUAACAUGUCGCAGAUGAUAGAAAUGAGCAACAAAACAAGCCAGGAUUGUAAAGUUGAGCGUGACCGAAUCGAAGCGAUGCUGUCAGAAAAACAAACAGAGAUGGAUGAACUCAAGAAGUCCAAAGAUGACACAAGCAGAAAGUUGAAGAUACGUGAAAAACGACUGCUGGGUUUGGAGGAGGAGAGAGAGAAAAUGAUGCAUGAACUGGAGAAUAAACUUAAAGAACUUGCUGAGGUCACAGGUCAAAAAGAUGAAAUGCUGUCAGAAUUAAAACAGUCAAGAUAUGAGGUGGCAGCACUUACCAAGGACAAUGAUCACCUGAAGGAUAGCUUAGAUCAAGUACACAGUAGCAGUGAGAAAGAGAGAAAAAUGAUGGUCAAUAGAUUACACUCAUUAGAACACGAAUUGAACUUGACACGUAGUGCAUUUAAUGCCAGGGAUGCUGUAGAUGAUAAGGCUGUGAAGGUUGCUGAGACUAUGCAAAAACAAGUAACUGCCAAACGUGGACAAAUUGAUUCACUACAGACUAAACUUCGUUGGAUGGAAGAAUGUCUGGAAACCACUCUCAAGGAGAAAAGUUGUUAUAAAGACGAGAGAGACAAACUUACUUGCAAACUGUGGAAGAUGACAUCACAGAAUGAGAAGCUAAUAGAAGAAGUGCAGUGUUUUGUAGACCAAAAUAAAGAACAAAAAAGACUUGUAAAUAAACUUGAUGCAGCGUUGGAAAAAGCUGCAGUGAAACAUGCAGCUGCACAGGCUUUAGUGGAACAACAGGAACAAGACAUUGCCAGGCUGAGGUUGAAUCAUCAACUUGAACUCAAGGAGGUAAAGCACACAGCUGUUACAAAGACUAAGACAGUUCCAAAAACUAAACGUUCUCCCAACAUCAGCACCAAUGUAUCAAUAGAAACAUCCACACAAAUGAAUGGGAAACCAAAUAACUCAACCCAACCCAUCAGUGGUGUGAGUUCACUCUUUUCAUCUUCCAUAAUGCCUAUGAUACAAGACAGAACUACUAAGACAACACAGACAUCUGUAGUUGGUGGGGAGGAACCAAACAGACACAAUGAGGAUCAUAUCCAUAACCUAGCUGUCUUCAGUGAUGUAGGUCAAGAUUUAAAGCAGUUAUUGAAUGAUAUGAGGACUCUUAUUUUACAAGGUCAGGUAACCACAACACCUCAACAAACACACUCUCCUCCAACUAAACUAGCAAGCCAUCCAGAGGUAACUACAAACAGUGUUAAAUCUCAGGUAACAGAAGGUGAUAGUUACACAGAUAUUGCAGCUGAUCAGAGUACAUCGUUUUCACCAAGUGAAACUACUACAUCCUAUUAUUCAGGUACUACAGCUUAUACUGGUAUGAGUGUUCCAUCCACCCUGACUGGUACAACAUACAGCCAACCAGCUCAUACAUUGUCAUCUAACUAUACAACAUUUACAACAGGUUAUGACAGUCCGCCUUUUGCACCACCACCGCCACCACCUGUAUUGAAAACCAGAGCACCACAGCAUCGUCAGCAGCCGACUGUAUCAUUCUCAUCAGCUACUUACAACAGUCCAACAAACACAUCAAUGAGACCAACUUCUCCUGUCAGUGAUCUGUUGACGUCAUUUGAGGAUCAUCCCAGACAUAGACCUGUUGACAUGACAACCGAAACAAGUAAUUCUGAGAUAACUGAAACAGAGAGUCUAGUCAGCAGUGAUCCGAGUACAGUCACUCUUAGUGAUCAUGUGACAAAGAAAAAAGGAACCAAAAAGAAAAAGAAAGGAUCCAGUGAAACCCCAAAAGAUGAAAAUGCUGAUUGCAUUAAACGACUUGAGUUGAAGAUGAAAGACCUCAGUAGAAUGGGAGGUCAGUUACAAAAAGAAAACAAAGCAAUGGAAAUGAUGAUAAAAUCACAAGACAACAAACUGAAGAAAUGUCGCAAGACAGAACAGAGCGUACAUCAACUCAUUAACAAUAAAAGAUAGCACCAGUUGUAAAGAAUAUUUCAGCUUUCUUUACCUAUCUGGUAUAUAUUUAGUAUCAAUGUUUGAAAAGUAAAUUGAUAUAUCAAACCCAAGUGUUCCAGAGUUCUAGAAAAUUAAUUGAGCAAGCAAUUAGUAAUAUGGCUUGCAACUUGGAAAACCUCUUUGCUUUUUGUAUAAUAUAGACUUAACCAUGCUGUUCUGUUGAUGCAUUCCCAGUUUAGAUUAUUCCACUCACAUAUUCUCACUCUCAAAACUGAGUGACAGGUACACAGCAUUUCCCUCUGCAUCACACUCAACAUGUCCAGAACCAAGCAAACGGAGCUAUCAAGUCCAG